CCCUGCUACCCGUCCGUACCGUACAAACCGCUCUACUGUUUAGAAAUGGCUGAAGCUCCCCCACGGCCCUGCCGGUUUUUUUGCCACCGGUGUUCAGCAGAGAUUAGUCCACGUUUACCGGACUACACCUGUCCACGCUGUGAAUCUGGCUUCAUUGAGGAACUGCCUGAGGAAAGAAGUAAUGAGACUGGCUCUGCAUCCACGUCCUCCAGCAGUGAUCAGAACCGCCCAUCAUUUGAGAACAUGGAUCAUCAACAUUUAUUCACAUUUCCCUCUGGGUAUGGCCCGUUCGCCCUUGGGAUUUUUGAUGAAAACUUCGACCUUCGAACGCGGCUACCAACAGAGGACAACCGAGAGACAGAAAACAGGAGAGAAAGGGAAAUGGCAUCACGGCAGCGAUACAGCGCACGGCAACCACGGGGUCGACAUGUUCCUCGACGACAGGGUACGCGCCAUGAAGGAGUGCCCACAUUAGAGGGGAUUAUCCAGCAACUAGUAAAUGGAAUCAUAGCACCUACAGCCAUGCCAAAUAUCGGGAUGGGACCAUGGGGAAUGCUACAUUCCAAUCCAAUGGACUAUGCCUGGGGUGCCAAUGGUCUUGAUGCUAUUAUUACACAGUUGUUGAACCAGUUUGAAAACACGGGUCCCCCUCCUGCUGACAGAGAGAGGAUAAAGAGUUUACCCACCAUCUCCAUUACAGAGGAACAUGUGGGUGCUGGUUUAGAGUGUCCUGUGUGCAAAGAAGACUACAGCGUUGAGGAGAGUGUUAGACAAUUGCCAUGCAAUCACUUGUUUCACAAUGACUGUAUAGUACCAUGGCUGGAACAGCAUGAUACGUGUCCUGUGUGCCGGAAGAGUCUUAGCGGACAGAACACAGCAACAGACCCACCAGGGUUAUCAGGAAUGAACUUCUCUCCCUCCUCCUCCUCCUCUUCCUCCCCCAGCUCACCUAGCAAUGAGAAUGCUACCAGCAACUCAUAGAUUUUCACCUCACAUCCGAAAACCUCACAACAUACGUCAAACGAGACCCAACGUCUCCUCUCUACAGCUGAGACCAGGACAGUUGUCCGUUUCAAUUCAAGGGGACAAAAUGAGUUGAGGUGCAGACUGUUAGUUAUCAUUCCUCCCCCUGUGCUGAACGGACGCUGGGUCCAGCUUCUGCUGCUAUUGUUGCUGAGUAUUUGAGGAGGUGGGACUGGGCAGUGUUGAAGGAGGAUCCAGAAAGGAUGUGAAUAAUAAUAAUAAAAGUGGGAUUGUGACCAGAACUGGAGCGGAGUUUGAGCCAGAGUGGACUGCUUUUUGAUGGAGAUGUGUCUGCCAUGAGUCUAGGACACAUUUUAUAUUUUAAAGACAAAUGCUCUUUUAAAAAAAAGAUUUAAAAAAAUCCUGUGGUGGUGCAGAGUACAUAGAUGUGUAGAUAGAGAAUUCAUUUUGAACUGUCAGCAACUGUACAGCUAAUGGAUAAAACUACAACCUUGUGGAAGGGAGUGUAUGCAUCUGAUUUUUAUUUAUUGGCACAUUUGUUUUUUUUAAAUUUUGCACAAAAUUCUGUCUGAUGUUGCAACACAAUCUCACUCCCAACUCGUCACACAUGGACGCUUGGUCAAGACCCCUUGGUGCCGCUUUUUAACGCCUGGGUACCCCUUUAGUGUUGUUUCUGCAGGUGUUAGGGCUUCGUGGUUCGAAAGGUCCACAACUUUCGGUUAGACUUUUCAUAUAAAACUAGUGGUUAGUGUUUUAAAAUGUUGCUAUUUAGUUAGGUUGAGGCACCAAAAUUACUUGGUAAGAUUUAGGAAAACAUCAUGGUUUGUGUUAAAAUAACUGUAUGUUACUUAAGUGACUUAAGUUACGUAUGUUACCUAAUGUACUUUCUUAAUGUAACUAUAAUUAAUCACAUGUUGACUUUUUGUUUCACACAGGAAACAAACACUGGCCUCCUGGGUGAAUGUCCAAUUUCUGGCCCGUCCACCCCAACUACCUCCUUACUCUGACUUUUCUGUUAUGUUCUAUUUAUGUACUACAACUGCUUUCAGCAUUCAAAAAUGACGCUAAAGAGCUUCUCCUUUAUAGAGAUUAUGGUUGAACUAUGACGCUAAAGGGCUUCCCGGUGUGUUACAAACUGAUGCCAAGGGGUCAUGACCAUGCGUCCAUAUGUGACAACUUGGGAGUGAGAACGGGUUGGAUGUUGAAUGUGAAUUUGGGUAAACUACUGAGCAAAAAAAAGAAAAAGAUUUUUUCACACUUUUGCAUUGAAUAAGUCUUUUAGGACUUGUGUCUUUUGGUUUAUCCUGAAAAGGUAAAGAUCCACACAGCUCUAACAGUGGAUGCAUUUUUAUUCCUCAAGUGAAAAAGUCGCAAAUCUACUUAUUUAUUGAAGCCUUGCCCAAGAUACAAACUGAGCAUUGUAAAAGGAAAAAGGAUAUCUAAAAAAAGGCAUGGGGAUCAUCUUACCUCUAUGGAACUGACCAAAUGUGUUUAUUAUUUUAUUUACUGAUUUUUCGUACAGUCACAAUAAAGCGCUAAAACAAA